ACUUAAUUACGUACUAUAUAUAUACUUGAUCCCUUGUUUUCCAAGUUAAAAAGAUUGAUCGAAGAGCACUGCAUAUAUCAUGGCGAUGAUAGGGGUCGACAUUGUCGUAGGAAAAACAUUGGAACACCUGUAUGAUGAUGUUGAAAAGUUGAUUAGCAGGAAUCUGAUGUUUGAAUCCCUCUGCAAAGACACCAAAUCCAAGCUAGACACUUUGAAACCACUGAUCCAAGAGAUGGUGCAAUGCAACCAGCGGCUGAAUCAACCAGACACGAAACUCGAACCGUUAGAAGCAUUAAUAAAGGGUGGCCUAGAGCUCGUCAGCAAGUGCUCUAAGAUCCGUCUGUGGAACAUCUACAAGAAGUACAAGUACACCAGCAAAUUUCUUGAAUUAAAUGAAUCUCUUCAAAAACAGUUGGAUGCACUCAACGUGCAGGUGGCAAGCGAUGUGAAAAAGAUACUAGAGGUGAUCGGGCGCCUAGAUCCUAUGAAUCAAAACCAACAACUACCUGAACUUCCAGAGUUUGUAGUUGGCUUGGAUGUUCCCUUGAAGGACUUGAAGAGCAAGCUUCUUGAGGAUGAUGAGGUAUCGAUGCUCGUGCUGACUGCUCCGGGAGGAUGUGGGAAAACUACUUUGGCUACUAUGUUUUGCCAAGAUGAAGAAGUCAAAGAUAAAUUCAAGAACAAUAUCAUCUUCAUUCCUGUAUCAAAAAAUCCUAACUUGGAUCAAAUAGUACAACAACUAUAUGGACGCAAUAGUUCCUCGGCUCCCCGAAACAAAGAAAAUGCAAUUGAGUCGUGGGCAUCGUGGCGAAGACUAUGGAAUAAAAAUCAAGACCCCUUAUUGUUGGUCUUUGAUGAUGUUUGGUCAGGAUAUAGAUCAGAAUUUAUUCUUGACAAGUUUGUUCAACUAAAAAUGUCAAAUUACAAAAUUUUAGUCACAUCAAGAUUUGAACUUCUGAGAUUUGGUUCUCCAUAUCGUUUACCAUUAUUGGAGUUUGACAAUGCUAUGAAACUUUUUCAUCAUUCGGCAUCGUUAGGAGAUAAGAGUUCUCAUAUUCCAAAAGAUCUUGCAAGAAAGGUAGUAGUGCGUUGCAAAGGAUUUCCACUUGGCAUUACAGUGGUGGGAAGAUCACUUUACGGACAACCUAUAGAGAUCUGGAUAAACAGAGAAAGAAAGUGGAGUUCUAUUCUUGAUUUUGAAACUGGAUUGUUCUUUGACCUCCGAACCAGCUUAGAUGUCUUAGAUGAAGAAAUGAUGGAGUGUUUCUUAGAUCUAGCUUCAUUUCCUGAAGGCCGAAAAAUCCCAGUUACUGCCCUGGUUGAUAUGUGGGAAGAGUUAUACGAUCUGCAUGAAGAUACAGAUACGUGGUGCAUGGGAAACCUUUAUGAACUCAGCAAUCGGAGUUUAGUUAAUAUUCUGGACAGAAGGAGUAUAAAGAGGGAGAGGCUUCCCAGGGAUACAUUCUAUGGUCACCACUUUGUUAUCCAGCAUGAUAUACUUAGAGAGCUGGCUAUCUACCACUCUAAACAAGUCCCCGUAGAGGAUAGAAAACGAAUGAUUAUAGACUCAUCUGGAGACAAUCUCAUUCCCAAGUGGUGGAGAGAACAGAAGCAUCAAACCAUCAAGGCUCGCCUAUUAUCUAUCACAACAGACCAAAAUUUCUCAGCAAAUUGGCCCAGCAUGCAACUACCAGAAGUAGAGGUUCUAGUGUUGAACUUGCAGAAGAAUGGCAAAUGUGACUUACCUGAAUUUGUGGAGAAAAUGGAUAAACUGAAGAGUCUACAGAACAUAUCAUUAUGCAAGUGUGGCAUUAAUGGUGGAGCUUUCAGCAACAUGGUAGAUGCAUUUCCAAAUAUGCAGGAAAUGAACCUUGUCCAUUGCAAUGGAUUCAAGGAAUUACCUGUAAAGCUCUGUGAUCUGGUUCAUUUAAAGAAGCUCAGUAUCACCAAUUGUAAAGGGUUAUUUAGGUUGCCUAAAAGGAUUGGAAAGUUAGAGAAUUUAGAACUACUGAGGCUAAGGGCAUGUUACGGGUUGUUGAACUUACCCCGCUCGAUUAGGAAUCUCAAAAAUUUGAAAAUUUUUGACAUUUGCGAUUGCUACAGGAUUGCGGCGUUGCCAGAAUACAUUGGUGAAAUGAAGAGUCUAAAGAAGUUUGACAUAAGAUAUUGCCUGUCACUAAAAAUGCUGACAUAA